AUGUCGCGCGCUGCGUGGGCUUCGCCGUCGUCGUCCUCGGGCUCCGUGAGCAGCAGCUCCUUCGGCGUGCACGUGCCGCCGGGCCUGCGCCACUUCGAGGGCAAGUUCCAGAACCUGCGCGGCCAGGGUCUCUUCUACUUCUCGCUCUACCCUCCGGCCAAGCGCGCGCUGCGCGGCGUGGUGCUGUAUCUGCACGGCGCGGGUGACCACUGCCGGCGCUACAUCCCGCUGUACGAGCGCCUGUGCGAAGAGGGUUUCGGCGUUAUCACGUACGACUUAGUGAAUCACGGCGCCAGCGAGUGCGACGGCCACAAGACGCGCGGACACGUGCGCAGCUUCCGCCAGCUCGUGGAAGACACGGACGUGUACGUGGCCUUCGCCAAGAACGCCAUCUUCCCCCAGACCGGCCUCGCGGCGCCACCGCUGAUCAUCUCGGGCACGUCCUUCGGCUCUCUCGUGGGGCUGCACGUGGUGCUCUCUGGGCGGCAUAAGUUCCAGGCUGCGUUCUGGGCCGGACCCACCGUGGGCAUGGAGAUGUCGACGCUGUGGAAGGUGCAGGCCGCCUUCAUCCAGCCGCUCGCGUUGCUGCUGCCGCGCGUGCGACUUGUGCCGGGCGUGGACUACGAGCUGCUGUGGCGAGAUCCUGGCACGCUCGAGGACUUCAAGGCCGACGCGUUGGCCACCAAGAGCGACAUCACCGCGCGCACCAUGCAGCAGACGCUCAGCGCCAUGCACCGUCUCACCAAGGACAAGACCAUCCAGCAGGCCGGCAGCGGCUUCUGCGCGCUGAAGGUGCUGUUCCUCGUGGGCUCAGAGGACCACAUCGCCGACCAGGGCGUGACCCGCAAGUUCUUCGACAAACUCGCCAACGAGGACAAGGAGUUCAAGGUCUUUGACGGCGUCUUCCACAGCGUCUUCGAGGACCCGGAGCGAGACGAGGUCUUCGCCUACCUCUGCCGGUGGCUGCAGCGCCGCUUCCCCGAGCUCCACGCCAAAGCCCGUGAUGCAUGGAAGCUGUGA